UGUGAACUAUUGCGAGUGCUCUAGUAUGGAAUAGUACACUAUUGCUGUGUAAUUUUAAAACAAACAACAACGUCACCGCGGCAGCAUUGCCAGCAGCACAACGCCCACCCGCCAUUUUGAGAGCGAAGCAAGAGAGCGGCUGGCAAUUUUCGAGAAGGCCAGAUCUGGUAACACUGCUCUGCCUGGGCAAGUCGUCGGUGUAUUUUUAAUUCGUCGCUUCCUCGCCCAAGUUCCAGAAUUUCGGCCAGAAAAUCGCGGCGCGCCGUGGAAUUCACGAGUUAUUGUUUAUAUAAUGCGGCUAAACUAAUAGCGCACCGUUUAUACAUCCACAGCACCACUAGAGCGGGGAGAGCCACCGAGAAUCGCAACCUGCCGUGUAUGCCGAUGCGCGUGUGUGUGUGUGUGGUGCAACAAGGCUGACAAAUAAAAGAAAAAAAAACCAUAAAAGCAAUAUAAUUAAAAGUAAACUAAGUAGAAACGCACAAAAACCAGCUGCCAAAAUAUGGAAGCAAUCGCCAAACACGACUUCUCCGCGACUGCCGACGACGAGCUGAGUUUUCGCAAAACUCAGACCCUAAAGAUAUUAAAUAUGGAAGAUGACUCGAACUGGUAUCGUGCCGAGCUGGACGGCAAGGAGGGCCUCAUACCCAGCAAUUACAUAGAAAUGAAAAAUCACGAUUGGUACUACGGACGCAUCACACGUGCCGAUGCCGAGAAACUGCUGUCGAACAAACACGAAGGAGCCUUCUUGAUACGCAUCAGCGAGUCCAGUCCCGGCGAUUUCUCCCUAUCAGUCAAAUGCCCGGAUGGUGUACAACAUUUCAAGGUUCUGCGCGACGCCCAAAGCAAGUUCUUCCUCUGGGUGGUGAAGUUCAACUCCCUCAACGAACUGGUCGAAUAUCAUCGGACGGCGAGUGUGUCUCGGUCGCAGGAUGUCAAAUUGCGUGAUAUGAUACCUGAAGAGAUGCUUGUGCAGGCGCUGUACGACUUUGUGCCACAGGAAUCCGGCGAAUUGGACUUUAGACGCGGCGAUGUCAUCACAGUCACAGAUCGCUCCGACGAGAACUGGUGGAACGGCGAGAUCGGCAAUAGGAAAGGAAUCUUCCCAGCAACUUAUGUGACGCCAUAUCAUUCAUAAUAAGAUAACUUCUAAGGAGGGACGCCCCCACACCCCAAAAUCUCUCCCGAAAGCACACCCCCACACACGCACACACACAACAAUAAUAAUUAGGCAGCAUCAUCCGAUAAAAAAAAAAAGAAGAACUAAACACAAAUUUUAAAUAUUUAUCUACAAAAUCAUGACAUCAAUUCUGUAGACAAACUCUAAGCAUAUAAGUCGAGAAUGCAUUUUUACGUUUUGACGUUUUUUGAUAAAAACAAAAUUAUAAAAAAGUACCAUAUACCAUAUAUAUUGCAAAGCCGUUUUAUAGCCACAUCCUCUUACACUCUAAACUAGAUAUGUAGACCUAUUUGGGUCUGCAUACAAGAUGGCACUAUUAUUAUUAUUGUAAAGAAGCGGAUUUUUGAUAUAAAUAUAUACUUUAAGUUCGAUAACGAGAGAAUAACUGUCCUGUGCUUCGAAACGAGUAUUGAUUGCUCCUUAGUUUAUGUUUAAUGUUUUUAGUGACGACGGGCGAGAAGCACUUAUAUUAUUAUGAUAACGAAUUACCAACCAACCAACCAACCAACCUAUUGCUUAAAUUCACUAUGAAAACAAAAAAAAAACAAAUUUGCCUAAAUGUCUCAAAGCUGAAGACAAUUAAAACAAAAUUACAUUUAUAUUAUAUUAUCGUAAAAUGCCUACCACGUAAAUUAAAUUAAUUUUUGCAUCGCUGGUUACUAUAUACAUAUAUAUACAAUAUGCACGCAUCUCUAAUUAAAUAUGUAUAUCCAAAAUGCAAUGAUAUUAGCACUAUGGCGGCGACUGUAACUCGAUUAUGUGAAAAAUUAGUUGCCUCUUAGUUUGCUUGGUCGCUUCCUGUUUUCCUGAUGGUGUGCAUCCUGUGGAACACCAGUUUGUGGCCAGUUUGUAUAGAGUUGGAACCGGCUGCUAAUAUCAUACACUUUGUGCUAUAAAUUAGAACUACUACUAUUUAGAAUUGGUUGAGAGCUGUGUAAUAACCCUAUGUUUCAUCACAACUGGUGCGCGAAGACAGCGAAACUGCAGUAGUUGCACAUCUAAGCAUUUUUCAACUACAUAACUAAUAAUACGCAUUAACAAAUGUAAUGAGAGUUGCCAAUAUAAAAUAAUUUAUACGAAACAAAAAAAAAGAAAACGAAAAAUUUUAAGCCUAUUUUUUUAAUCUAUAUAUAUACACGUAUAUCGAACCAUAUAAUUAUAAAUUUUCCUAAUAUCCACCAAACUAGUGACGAAGACGACGACGACGACGAUGCCUCAUGAAAAGAACACAUCAAAAAUAACUUUUGAUAGGCCAUAGUUUACAUAAGCCACAAUUUACCGGGCAGCAGCUGGACGCGCGACAGUUUUGUACUUUUUGAGCAUAUUUUGCAGGCGUAGGCGAACAUUUCUCGGCCCAGAACCAGUAGUAGCCGCAUAUUAAAACUUAAAUUCUAAUCGUAACAAUAAAGCAGGCAAAAUGACAAGGUUUAGAUAUUAACUGACAAGCGAAUACACAAAUGAAACAUUGCAUACGAUACAUAUGUUAAGUUGAGGACCUAGUUUUUUAAGCAAAAACAAAAACUGAUUUAUUUAAUAAACUAUAAUAUAAAUAAA